CCAGGUAAGCAUUCUAGCUCUCACCGUCGUAGCGUCCAGAGCUCUCUCCCUCCCCUCCUGACGGCCCUUGGUAUAGUGACUCCCUCGUUCCUAUCCCUCGCCCGUGUCUAGUCUCCCGCCGUCCCUCGACCCCAACACAAGACAGCCAACAUGAGGGAGAUUCUUCACCUGCAGACCGGCCAGUGCGGCAACCAGAUUGGGUCUAAGUUCUGGGAGAUCAUCAGCGACGAGCACGGCAUCGACCCCACCGGACAGUACCAGCAGGUGAGCCGCGACAUCGAGGAGCUGCAGCUGGAGAGGAUCAACGUGUACUUCAACGAGGGCAGCGGCUACCACCACUAUGUCCCCCGCGCCAUCCUCGUCGACCUGGAGCCCGGCACCAUGGACUCCGUCAAGGCGGGCCCCUACGGACAGCUCUUCAAGCCAGAUAACUUCGUCUUCGGUCAAAGCGGCGCUGGCAACAACUGGGCCAAGGGACACUACACAGAGGGCGCGGAACUCGUCGACUCAGUGCUGGACGUCGUGAGGAAAGAGGCCGAAAACUGCGACUGUCUCCAGGGCUUCCAACUUGCGCAUUCUCUUGGCGGCGGCACUGGCUCCGGCAUGGGAACGCUGCUCAUUUCCAAGAUCCGCGAAGAAUACCCCGACAGAAUCAUGAAUACGUACUCCGUGGUCCCGUCCCCUAAGGUCUCAGACACCGUGGUUGAGCCGUACAACGCCACCCUCUCCGUACACCAGCUGGUCGAGAACACAGACGAGACCUACUGCAUCGACAACGAGGCACUCUACGACAUCUGCUUCAGGACGCUCAAGCUGCAGAACCCGACCUACGGAGACCUGAACCACCUCGUCUCGCUCACCAUGUCCGGCGUCACGACCUGCCUGCGAUUCCCGGGUCAACUGAACGCCGACCUCCGCAAGCUGGCCGUCAACAUGGUGCCCUUCCCGCGUCUCCACUUCUUCAUGCCCGGGUUCGCGCCGCUCACCGCCCGCAAAGCCGUCAGCUACAGGACCCUCAACGUGCCCGAGCUCACCCAGCAAAUGUUCGACGCCAAGAACAUGAUGGCCGCGUGCGACCCCCGCCACGGCCGCUACCUCACCGUGGCCGCCGUCUUCAGGGGCAAGAUGUCCAUGAAGGAGGUGGACGAGCAGAUGCUGAACAUCCAGAACAAGAACACGUCCUACUUCGUGGAAUGGAUCCCCAACAACGUGAAGACCGCCGUGUGCGACAUCCCGCCAAGGGGCCUCAAGAUGGCCGCCACCUUCAUCGGCAACUCCACGGCCAUCCAGGAGAUCUUCAAGAGGAUCUCCGAGCAGUUCACGGCCAUGUUCCGGCGCAAGGCUUUCCUCCACUGGUACACGGGCGAGGGCAUGGACGAGAUGGAGUUCACGGAGGCAGAGAGCAACAUGAACGACCUGGUCAGCGAGUACCAGCAGUACCAGGAGGCCACCGUCGACGACGAGGAGGACUUCGAGGAGGAGGAGCAGGAGGAAGCCUAAGAACGAGGACCUGCGACUUCGACGACUGCGAUCUCGAGCCUCAACGACUUCGAUCUCCACCAUUACUACUGCCACUACUAUACCAUCCACGGAGACUGAUGCUACCACCACUACUACUACUACUACUACUACCACUGCUACUGCUACUACAAGAACUGGUGGCUUUUCAAUCAUCGUUCUUCUCUUUCUGUCCAUCCAUCCAUUAUAUCUUUCUCUCUCAGUCUCCCAUGACAUAAACAUGACCAAAUUUCCUCCGUCUGUCUGUCUGUGGGUUAGUCUCUCUAUGAACUCAUGUCAAUCAUAUCAGAAUGUCAGUGAAAACAUAUCGAGUUAAACUACAAAAGAUUAUAUAAUCUCUCUCUCUCUCUCUCUCUCUCUCUCUCUCUCUCUCUCUCUCUCUCUCUCUCUCUGAUAUGUGUUCCUUUCACGUAAUCACAGCGAUAAACACACACACACACACACACACACACACACACACACACACACACGUACAGCUUCGAUGCAAAAAUACGAAAAAAAACACGAAACGAACGAAAUAAUUCUCUCUCUCGCCUAGAUACACACAUGGAAGAAGUAGAAGAAGAAGAAGAAGAAGAAGAACCAGUGUAUGUAUGUAUGUAUCGGCAGAGGAGAAUGACCCCCUCUCCCUUCCUCCCCCCCAUCCCACCCCUUUGACCCCUCCCCUCCCCCUCCCUCCUUCCCCCUUCAUAAACAAACAAAAAAAAUAUAUUGGUGCUAUUUUCUUCAGCGGAGGAUCAAAACAAAGGAUCAAAACAAAGGAACAUAAGAGCAAUCAUAUGUUCUUUAAAAUUCCUUUGUCUCCGCUGUCAAUGCUUUAAGUAACUAAGAACAGGAAAAAAAAUAAGAGUGUGUGUGUUAACCAUUUUGUACGCACCUAACAUCGCCUGCCCCGUUCCUAUUAGUACGCGCAUGUGAUGGGAGAGACGUCUGGGCGCAGUGGGUGAGAGGAGAUUCCAACCCUGGUACCGCUGCGGGACUUUUGAACCUCUGAGCCAAAGAAUAACCUAAAAACAGCGAGGAAGAAAAACAAGAACUAAAACAAGAAAGAAGAACAGGAACAAGAACAAUAACAAGAAAAAGAAGAAGAAAAAAAAGAAGAACAAGAAGAUCAAGGGGUGACCUGUAUCAUAAGGAAUCGAAUAGCAGUUAACCCAAGCAUUUAAUUAAUUGGAUCGCAUAAGCAUAAAAAAAUACAAUGUUUAAUUAAAAUCUCAUUACCACUUCCAAUUGUCUCGACACCUUAGUUCACCUGUUGACAAAUUAACAUCUGAGCAGUAAUUAUCAUCAAGGGUAUUUUUUCUCUCACUCCCUCUGAUAAUGCGAGAACUAAUUGAAUGGCUGGAGAGCGUAAUUACUGGAACGUGCGGUGACGGGUGAUGCAGAGUGGCUAAAGUCGUAGUAUUCAAUCCUUAGAAGCCUUGGUACAUCUAUUUCCAAAGGCGGAGGUCGUCGGGGUUCCCAAGGGUGGUUUCCUGAGCCUGGCGGUACUUGUCCAAGGCUUCCGCGCCAUGGACGGUACAAACACUCAUGGCAACCCGAAGUAUCUUAUUAUUCAACCCUUCGAAGCCUUAGUACAUUUCCAACGCCUCUCGCAGAGGUUAUCAGGGUUCCCAAGGGUGGUUUCCUGAGCCUGACGGUAGUUUUUCAAGGCUUCCGCGCCAUGGACGGGAGAAACACCCAUGGCAACCCGAUGUAUCUUCUCUGCAGCCUUAAAAAAAUGAGUCCGUAUUUUUAAACGUAUCGGUAUACCUCAGUUCGCUUGUUUGAAUAGCCUCUCGUGGAAGUUGCGGGGGUUUUCAGGGACUGUUUUGUGAUCCUAGUGAUAGGUUGACACGACUUCAGCGUCUUGAGCGGGAAAAGCACCCAUGUAAACCCGGUUGAUCUUCUCGGUGGCCUGUUUGAAAUGCGCCUCCAAGAAGUUGCUGAGGUUUGCAUGGACUGUUUUGUGAUCCUAGUGAUAGGUUUACAUGACUUCAGCGUCUUGAGCGGGAAAAGCACCCAUGUAAACCUGGUUGGUAUUCUCUGAGGCCUUGAGAAAGUCGUAACGGGAGCCCGAGACGUUUAAAGGUACUGGCUAUGGACGGAACAAUGGCCCGAUGCGUUUGAUGCUACGCGUCUAACACACACCUCUUACCUGUUUACUAAUUGAUCGUGGAAUAGUGUUCAUCGCAGGUGCGUGUGUCUCGGAACCCUUCAUUAAUAAAAGAAUUACUACCAUA